UCGCGAUUUAGACAUUUUUUCAGCAUUACAUCCGGUAAAAUGGUGGAUGGAUGACUACUUUUUCCAGGAAAAUAUGAUAAAUUGCGUUGAAACUCUGUAUGUAAUGUCAGUUAUUGUUUUAACAAGCGUUUGAUUGAGGCAACGACAAAAUGAACUCUCCAAAUAACAGGAAACGUCUGGCAAAAAUCAGGUGCCUACAGGAAUGUAUUCAAUGUUUCAAAGAAAAACGAAAACUUCCUGAGUCCCUAUGUUAUGUGGCUUCCGAAAUUGUGUACAAGUGUUCUCCUAAAUGUUUCAUUCAAGUUUACAGUGAACCCUCGACAGAAAGCAAAAGAAUCAGGGAUUUGAAUGCUUCAUCAGACUCCUUAGUUUAUGUGAGUGGUGAAGAAAUGUGCAAUGCUGGAGGAAAAUGGCUCAAAGUUGUAAAGUUUAAAAGCACUGCUGGUGCAGAAGACAUUGUAUUUGACACAGAUGCCUGGUUUUUGCUGUACAGCACCAAAACCCCCACAGAAGAUUUACUUUCACUGCAAGAAGUUUCACCUUCAGUCCCGAAGGAUUCCCCGUGCAAAGUGGUGAUCAACAAGUGGAUGGAUGUAGUGUGUCACCAUUUCUCGUUAGAUUUACGAAAGAAGAAUGUUUAUGUGACGCCACCUGAUAUAUGUGCCGUAUCCAGACUUCAGACAGUACCAGUAAACUGGAGUAUAGAACAUGAUGAAGCAUUAGUGAGACUUAUGUCCAAAUAUGUUUCACCUGAUAAUGGUCAAUUAGGCGCCAUAAAAAACUAUGUGGAUGCAAUUGAAGUUUCAUCAUUUAUCGGAGACUACGGUGCCUCCUGUUUAACUGACGGAGACCCAGAAACAUUUUGGGAGAGUGAUGGCACAGCAGGUCGACAUUGGAUCAAACUUAAAAUGAAGAAAGGAACAAUAAUUAAAAAACUACAGAUUUGCUUAGACAGUUCGGAUGAUAACUACCUCCCGUCAAAGAUUGUGGUGAAAGGUGUAGACUUGAGUAAUGGAAAAAUUCUCAACGUGGUCAACAUAGACUGGGAAACAGAAGAGGCUGGGACACACACCAUCUUGUCAAACAUGACUGAGCAUUAUCAGUGGGUCACUAUAAAGAUCAAGGACUGCAAAGCUGGUGGAAUCGAUACCCGAAUACGUGAGUUGAAGUUAGUCUCAACCGAGGAAAGAACAUUAGGAUUUUAUCGUGACUUUUUUCGUAGUGAAAACCUAGUCCGAUUUCCCAUCCUGGAGACCUACUCAAAUGAGGAGCUUUAUCAUCGCUCUCAGGUGCUUCAAAGGUUUAUGGAGAUUGUUGACUGUGUGUUGUUGUACAUUGUGCCAGCUUGGGAAUUCUCUAUAGGAUCCUACAGUUCACUAGAGUUUGUCCGCCAACUGUUGCCGCUUUCAAAGAAAAGACUCACCUUAAUUGAAACAUGCUUAAAAGAGACAGCUCUUAAAUGGCCGCCGGACAUGCCAAAGUUGUUCAUCAACCGGCGCACUGCCAUGGAGCACAGGUGUGACCCAGCAGCUGACCCAGAGUACAAGAACUCCAUCUUCAUGCAGAUCUAUGAGGGCCUGAAGCCCCGCGACAGAAUGUCUAAACCACUGAACUAUCGCUGGUCGUCCCGCUAUGAACAGUGGUGGGAAUGUAAGUUUGUGUCCGAGGGGGUCAUAGACCAGGGCGGGGGGUUCAGGGACAGCAUGUCUGACCUUUCCGAGGAGCUGUGUCCCUCUUCCAGCGAGGGACUUGUGCCUCUGCCAUACUUUAUACGCUCACCAAACCAGUUCUGUGAAGACUCAAACAUAAACCGUGACGUUUUUGUGCCUAACCCACAAUGUCGCGAUUUCCCGCGCUACGAGUGGAUUGGUCAGCUGAUGGGGGCGUGCCUCAGGGGAAAGGAGAACCUCGUGCUGUCGUUACCUCGCUUUGUGUGGAAGAAACUCGUUGGUGAGCGGGUCACUUGGGAGAGAGAUUAUUCAACUGUUGAUGCUUCAUCUGUGAAGCUUAUUGACACGCUGGAGAUGUCGGAGUCUACGGCAGAUUUCGCGUCCUCACCUCGUAGUUGGUCAUGCACGUUGAGUGACGGGUCGAUGGUGUUGAUUAAAGUCGACUGGGAGGGCAACUCUGUGCCACUGAAGUACGAAGACAGAGAGCGAUACUGUAGCGAGGUGCGACGAAUACGAAUGACAGAGUUUGAUGAGCAGAUUGCUGCCCUCAGGUCAGGCCUGCUGAAGACCAUCCCCCAGGCAGUCCUGGACCUUCUCACCUGGCAGGAACUGGAGCAGAGGAUCAGCGGAGACCCGGAGAUCUCCAUAGAAGCACUGAAACUAUCAACUCACUAUGACGACGUAGAUGAGAAGGGUGUUCGUGUGAAGUACAUGUGGGAAGCACUGAGGAACUUCUCAAACGAAGAUCGGAGCAGGUUUCUACGUUUCAUCACAGGCCGAAGGAGACUGCCAGCAACUGUGCAUAUAUCUUCAGGCAGAGACAAUGCAGUGGACUGCUUGCCCGAGUCCAGCACGUGUGGGAACACCCUCUACCUGCCCAACUACUCGAGUGCCAAGAUGGCAGAGGAGAAGAUUCGAUACGCCACGUACAACUGCAUGGACAUAGACACAGAUAUGAACCUGUGGGAGGACUGAUACUUGCAUUCUAUUUUAAGGUUUUAACAUUAUGAGAGAAAAUGAUAUUCAAACAUCUAACAUCUCGAAGGUCAAGAAAUUAAACAACAAAUUUGUCAACGGUUUUGGUUCUAUAACUUUUUUAUUCUGACGUCUACAGUAUUGAAACAAAAACCGAGGGAGCACAACCGCCGUAGAGCCGAAAGGGCUUAUUCAUUUAAAAGAAAUAUAAAUAUAAACUAGCUUACCGGGUGAAAAUAUCCGCUACUCCUUCACGAAAAACACGAAAAUGAUGCCAUCUUUGAAGUUUAGUUACAACUAACCUCACCUAAACCCGUAUACGCAUGCCCCCCUGUUUAAAGGAAGUUCUAAAUGAAAAUCUAGUAUAUGUGAAAAGUGUCGUCACUGAUAAGCCUUUGCUGACUGCACAGGCUUAUCAUGGAUGACACUUUAAGCACAAUGAACUUGUGGGGGAAUAAUGCUUUCUCAGACAUUGCAUGAUUUGGGGAAAAAACAGCCCCAAAUAUGUGUAUUGUUCUGAGAAAACUGGGCUUAAUGCAUGUGCAUAAAGUGUCGUCCCAGAUUAGCCUGUGCAGUCUGCACAGGCUAAUCAGGGACGACACUUUCCGCUUAAACUAGAUUUUCGGUAAAAAGGGACUUCCUUUAAACGAAAAAUACCAUUCAAGCGGAAAGUGUCGUCCCAGAUUAGCCUGUGCGGACUGCACAGGCUAAUCUGGGCAACACUUUAUGCACAUGCAUUAAGCCCAAUUUUCUCAGAACAAGACACAUAUAUAUUUCUUCUAUUAUUCUGUAAAAGAUGAGGAUUUAAGCCUCGCUCUGGAAAAAUAUGGCUUAAUGCAUGUGCAAAGUGUUGUCCCAGAAUAGCCUGUGCACUCCACACAGGCUAAUCAGGGACAACAUCUCUUAAAAUGGAAUUUCACUAAGCAGAGACUUCUUUUAAACAAGAAUAACAAAAAGCGGACAGUGUCAUCCUUGAUUAGCCUGUGCAUACUACACAUGCUUAUCUGGAACAACACUGUAUGCUUCUGCUUUAAGACCCGUUUUCUCAGAGCAUGGCUAAUUUAUAUGUUUAAAAGUAUUGAUAAACCAAAAUUUCUAAUAUGCCAUUGAAUGGCUUCUUUACUUUUUUCAGCAGUAUACUCUAGUUUUCUCUGACACAGAUCUUUCCUCUACUUGUUGUGAUACAAAAAAAUGCUGCCUGUGAUUCUGUAACACAUAAUAUUGUGAUGAAUAUAUAUCUUAAUGAGUUUAAACUUGUUAAAGAGAAAAUCUCUGUUACGUAUUUUGGUUAUGGGCCUAUGGUUAAAUGUAGACUUUAUACCAAAGGUAUUGGGGUGCGUCUAUUUGGCCUUAUUUUUUACGAAAUUUGAGCCAUAUAAUAGUAAACAAGGAGAGCCCAUUCCUUAAAUAUAUUUACCUUUGUAAUCUCAGAAAUGUAAUUGAGAUUUAAACAGUUUUCAGUUUCUACAUAAGCCAUUUACGAUUUCCUUUAGUGCCAAAGACAUAUUUGAUAAACAGUUGUUGUCCUGUUUACAAACAUUUUAUUGCAUGGUAAAUAUUAAGUUGGAUAGUUCUAUAAUGGCACUAAGAAAGAAAAUAAGUUUUUGAUGUUUGUGUAGGGUGGGUCGUUUAUAAGAUUUUUUUUUAUUUGUGUGUCAAUGCCAUUUCUGAAGAAGUUGUCAGAACAAUAUAAGUUUCAUCUCAAUCCAUUUAUUACCUAGAUUGUAUUUAUAUUCUUACAUACACAAGUAAUGCUGAUUUAGAUUUCAGUAUGCAUGUAUAUAACGGUGUGGACAACUGACAGUAUAUAUGAAGAGUGUAAAUCAUAUUAUAAUAUACUACAUGUAUAUGGUGGUGUGUUAAAUCAAAAUUGACAUGCGAUAGCUGCUGACGUUUUAUUUUAAGAUUUUUUAUUAUUAUUUCAUAGACUUCUGUCACUAGCUUACUCAAAACUAAUAUUUUCUCUAUGCACGCCUUAUUUUUCAUAUGGUGACUAAUAGCCAUAAUGUUAAGCAGUACAUGUGUGCACUGUUUGUACUUUCACCUGAUCAACACAAACUGUAGACAUACUUUAUAAAGUUAUUUAUGGCAAAACUAUAUUUGGCUUAAAGGAGAUGCAAGCAUUAUCAACUGUUCUAUGCAACAAUUUACGCAUGUAAUAUCUACUUUGCUUGAAAGAAAAUAAACACAGAUGUGUAGUUUUCAUUUUAUGUCUUUUGUAAUUUUCACUGUGCUGGUAUCUUACACAAAAGAGGUUGUAAUCCUCAAAUGAACUUUUUAGACACAUACAGUUACAUAUGAUCGUCCUCAUGCAAAAAUGGGUCUUAAGUCAUGUGCAGCCAGUGUAGUACCAGACCAGCUUGCGCAGUCUGGACAGAAUUGCCCUGUCUGCUAUGGUCACAGAGAGUUGCCCUGUCUGCUAUGGUCACAGAGAGUUGCCCUGUCUGCUAUGGUCACAGAGAGUUGCCCUGUCUGCUAUGGUCACAGAGAGUUGCCCUGUCUGCUAUGGUCACAGAGAGUUGCCCUGUCUGCUAUAGUCACAGAGAGCUGCCCUGUCUGCUAUAGUCACAGAGAGCUGCCCUGUCUGCUAUAGUCACAGAGAGUUGCCCUGUCUUCUAUGGUCACAGAGAGUUGCCCUGUCUGCUAUGGUCACAGAGUUGCGCUGUCUGCUAUAGUCACAGAGAGUUGCCCUUUCUGCUAUAGUCACAGAGAGUUGCCCUGUCUGCUAUAGUCACAGAGAGCUGCCCUGUCUGCUAUAGUCACAGAGAGUUGCCCUGUCUGCUAUGGUCACAGAGAGUUGCCCUGUCUGCUAUGGUCACAGAGUUGCCCUGUCUGCUAUAGUCACAGAGAGUUGCCCUUUCUGCUAUAGUCACAGAGAGUUGCCCUUUCUGCUAUAGUCACAGAGAGUUGCCCUUUCUGCUAUAGUCACAGAGAGUUGCCCUGUCUGCUAUAGUCACAGAGAGUUGCCCUGUCUGCUAUAGUCACAGAGAGCCGCCCUGUCUGCUAUAGUCACAGAGAGCCGCCCUGUCUGCUAUAGUCACAGAGAGUUGCCCUGUCUGCUAUAGUCACAGAGAGCUGCCCUGUCUGCUAUAGUCACAGAGAGUUGCCCUGUCUGCUAUAGUCACAGAGAGUUGCCCUGUCUGCUAUAAUCACAGAGAGCUGCCCUGUCUGCUAAAGUCACAGAGAGCUGCCCUGUCUGCUAUAGUCACAGAGAGUUGCCCUGUCUGCUAUAGUCACAGAGAGUUGCCCUGUCUGCUAUAGUCACAGAGAGUUGCCCUGUCUGCUAUAGUCACAGAGAGUUUCAUGGUCUCAUUAGGGGACAUGGUAGAUCUUGACCAUAUGGCAUAAGACCUAUUUUUGCAUGCUGCAGGUCAUAUGAUCCACCAUUUUUCGGCGUAAGCUGCAUAAGCCAGCUUUUCACCUUAGCCUGACCUUUGUAAGUGUCCAAUAAAAUUCCAAUAAAAUUUCCCGCGGCUAGGUACGAAUGAAUACACUUCAUUUAUUCCAUUGGCUGAUUUGAGUAUACCACCAGAACAUUGGAAACAUAUCCGCGUCUUUGUAACACUGUUUUACUGUAUGAAACAAUUUUAUCUCGAAUGAAAAGGCUUAAUAGAUAGAACAGUUUUACACUCAAUUCUCGACAUCAAUACAGUUUCUGCGUACACCUUUUAUUUUCAGAGUAUUACCAGCGCAAGAGCGUUUAUACUUAAAAGGCUAUGUUCUCAUAUUUAGUACUUACUUCCUUAUUCCUGUCAACAUGUUAACAUGUAAAAGUAUAAAGAGCAAUGGAAGCGAGGCCUCACUUUAAAGCAUUGCAUUUCAACCCGCGAGGUAUAUCGGGUCAAUCGCGGACAUUCAGAGUUUAUAUACAGGUCAUCACCGGAGUUGGCGGCCAGUAAAAUAAUCGUUAUAUAAUAAAGACGCUAUCCGUGAACUAGGUGACCUGGAAUUUUCUUUAGACCAGAAAUAUGUUAAAUGAAGAUAUUCAGCAAUAUAAUUAUGGUAUGUAAAUAAUAGAUUCUUAAUGUGUUUUCAACAAUACAAUGAUAAAUAUUAUUGUUGAUAAAUUUAACAAUAAUUAUUCGUCCAUAUUGCCUAAUGUACUAAAGUGAUAUUAUGAGCAUGUAACAGUUUAUAGGUGUCUAUCGCAACCGUUGAUUAUUUUUGAUGUUUCUACUUCAUAUACACUUAUAUUAAUUAAUGCAGCAUCAUCAUACUAAAACAAUAUACCAGAAAGAGAAAAAUAAUGCAUUUGAAUAUCAACCGUACUUUCGUUUGACAACUGAUCAUGCGUUUACGAGUUGAACCUAAAUUUAGUUUUAGUGCAGAUUUGUUUAUACGACACAAAGACACGAAAUUGUUUUACGGAUCAUUUCAGCUUACAGGACUGGGUGGGUCACGUAAGAAUAUCGAAUAUAAAAUAUAUUUUUAUAAACAACUGGUAGCAAGGUGAGUUGCAGAUAAUUAAUCAGUAACCACAUUUUAACUAACUAUUUUGACCUGUUAAUUCUUUUCAGCUCAAUUCAACAGUGCAAAAUGCCCAUAAUAUCACUUUAAGCAUUAGCACGAUGAUAAUUGAUACUGUUAAUAAUCGAAUCAAAUAGCAAUGCCCGACAAACCACUAAAACAGGUUUGUUCGAAGAACGCGCCUAUAAAUACGGAUACUUCUCGUGUGGCCGGUUGACUCAUAUGUUUAAAUUUCACUUCCAUUCUUCUUUUGGUUUUCUGUUUUGUAUCUAUAUGUUUAUGACCAGCAAUAUGUUAUAAUGUAAAAUAAGCCGCGAAAACUCCCCGUAACAUCCCGUACUGCGUGUGAUGCAGCUAAGAACUGCACAGAAAAAGACAUUCGCUAUACUUGAUCUCAUUCAUUUAACUAUUUACGCCGUAUAUCUUUUUUAAAGAUAUUUCUUGUUAAUAAUUAAGGAAACUAUUGUUACUAUUGUUAGUGAAAAUCUUGUAUAACAUUUGUUGAAUUCUCUGUUGUCUGCAAACUUCCCUGAACUGACAGUCAAUAAAUUUAACUGUUUAACUUUGUCACAAAUAUAUAUGUGGAAAUUAGCAUUUAAUGUGUAAUAUUUAAGGAAAUGAUCUUGAGUUUUAGUGAUUGUAUUUUAACAUCAUUGAUCUUGGGCCAAGGUAACAUAGCUGUAUAGUUAUAUAGAGAGACAAUACACCAAGGCUUAUUCAAAUGCAGUAUUUGUGAUUUUAUUGGAUGGUCUGUCUUGUGAAAGUGCGUUACAUGUAUUCUUGUAAUUUAUAGUAUGAACAUGUGCUUGCAUAAUUGUUAAUGUUGCAUUAUUAUUGCGUUGUACAACAUUCAUUACUGUAUUAAAACAAAUGUUAAACGUG